UCACAACGCGUUCACUGUUUGCACAAGCAACAAACAGCCAGUUCAUGACAUCAUGCAUCCCGGCCUCCUCCAUCCUUCUUCUUCUUCUUCCUCUCCCGCAGCCCGAACCCUUUAUUUAUACUCUGCUCACCCACCUCAUGGCAUGCUCAUAGCCCACCUGGCAGCAGAGCACGAAGCAUUUCACUUCACCACCAUCGAUCUUCGCCGUACCGGCCUCCAGCUAAGGGCCGCCGUGUGCCGGCCUGCCGGGCAGCAUAUCCACCCACCCAUCAUGGCGCUCAAGCGCAAGGCGUGUCCGAGCUUGGCCGACGGCGACCAUAUCCUCGCGUCGUCGACGUCGACGCCCCUGGGCACCGGCGCCGGCAACAGCUUUACGCCCGCAGCGGCGGCGGCGAUGACGGAGUCGUCGUGGGCAGAAGCGGCGGCGGGGGCGGUGGUGGCAGCGCAGCGGGCCCGGAAGCGGUUCGUGGGCGUGCGGCAGCGGCCCUCCGGCCGGUGGGUGGCGGAGAUCAAGGACACCAUCCAGAAGAUCCGGGUGUGGCUCGGCACCUUCGACACCGCCGAGGAGGCCGCCCGGGCCUACGACGAGGCCGCCUGCCUCCUCCGCGGCUCCAACACCCGCACCAACUUCUGGCCCCGCGCCCGCGCCGCCGCCGGUGCUGUCGUCAUGCCCCCGCCGCCCCACCACCAGCUGGUGGCGCCGCCGCCUGCUGCGCCGUCCGCUCUGCCCUCCAAGGUCACCAGCCUCCUCCUCCUCCGCCUCAAGAAAGCACGCACUGCAAGUGCAAGUGCGGUCACACAGGAGGUGCCAUCAGCGCAGCACCAAGGCCAGCAAGGGUACGGCGCCGGCGCCGGCGCCGUCCCCGAGGAGUACAGCUUCCAGGUCGACGACUUCCUCAGCUACGACAGCACCACCAGCGACGUGAAGCACGAGGAGGGGUCCACCUGCUCCCAAGAAACGGAGGGCGGCGACGGCGACGAGGAGGAGGAGGUGGUGGCCUGCAAGGAGGAGGACGAGGCGCCGCUGGACUUCGGGUUCAUGGACAAGCGCCCGUCAUCAGCUGGUGGUGAGGGUGAGGCUGACAACAACGCGGGGCUGCAGUACUCGCCGUUCGAAAUGGUGGCAGCCGCCGACCUCGGUGACGACGACGACGGGUUGGAGAUGGAGCCGCCGCCUACUUAUGCAGCAGGCGAGGGCGAGGGCACCGGCGACGGCGAGCCGUCGACCGCGAUCCACGAGGUGAUGAAGAGGAUGAAGUACGAGAGGAAGAUUUCCGCGUCGCUCUAUGCGCUCAGCGGGGUGUCGGAGUGCCUCCGCAUGCGCAUCGGCGACGGCGGUGGCAGUGCUGCUGGGAAGCGCGAGCUGGCGCUCUCCGGCCUGAGGGACGCGUGCAGGAACAAGAGGCAGCAGCAGGAACAGGGACGGCGACAACAAGUAGAAGACAAGGAAGGUAACGUCGUUGGCCAUGAGGAGUGCUCGAGCUGCAGCAACAGCUUCUCGUCGGAAGCGACGAGCUCUUCGCCGGAAGCAACCAACGACGACGACUCCCCGCAGGAGGCGAAAGCAGUAGACAACAGUGACAUGCUUCUCUGGAGCUCCCUUGAUCUGCCUCCUAUCUGCUGAAAGUUUAUAUUGUUAUAGAAGAAUGAUAAGAUUUAGAAUCAUUGAGUAUUUAUUAGAAUUAUUUAUGAUAUUGUUUGCCACAGGAUAGAAGGAUAGAUAUAGAUACAUAAGAAGCCCUUUUAUGGUCACAUAGUUUGGCUUACUUUCUAUAAUCAACUAUUGAUCAC